AUGAAGAAGGAAGUUAAGAGUUACAAGUUGAUCGGAAACAAAAAUAAUGCUGAGAGAAUUAAAAAUCCUUCUCAUUUGCCAGUUUACCACUGGACAAGCAAGUACAGAAUGACGGAGCCGUUUUUACUAAUCGUUCAAGUUGUUUUCUUAAUUUUAGAUGUUGGAUUUUUUUUCUUAAGUAUCGUUGGUAAUUCAGUUGUAAUUUAUGUGAUAAGUCGCGAUAAAAAGUUAAAGAACAAAGCAAACUACCACAUUUUAUCGGUUGCUGUAGCUGAUCUACUAAUUGGAUUGAUAGGAAUACCACUCGGAAUCAUAGCUAGUUUGACAAGAUCUCCGCGUGAUUUCCAAUUGUGCUUGAUGUUGUAUUCGUUUUUGUUGUCAUUUUUUGCAGUUUCCAUGUUCUCAUUGGUAGCUGUGUCAGUCGACAGAUUCUGGGCUGUUUGCUUUCCAAUUACCUAUCAUGUUGCUGACACAUCAAUCGCAAAGCUUGCAAUAUUUUGCUGUUGGUUUUCAGGAUUAGUUGUGGGCUUCCUACCGUUGUUUGGAUGGAACAGUGGAAGCUUUCACAACAAAUGCGAUAUAAGAGUGGUGAUUAGCAUGAAUUAUCUUUUAAUUGCUGUUGUAGCGAUAGCUUUUACAUCAACACUUAUCAUAAUUAUACUUUACGUUCUCAUAUAUCGAGCGGUCAUAAAACAGGUGAAAAAGCGGGAAGAAAUUAUCGCAAAUACCACAGAAAUGAUGAAACAAAAAAAUGAAGUUAAAGCGGCACUUACAUUGGGAAUGAUUGUUGGAACUUUCAUCGUCUUAUGGAUGCCCGGAAUUAUGAGCUUCUUUGUGAUGUCAGUGACAGAAAAUCGAAGUUUUCCCAGUGGAAUUUUAGAACUUUCAAAAAUUCUUGUACAUAUGAACGCAGCAAUUGAUCCGUUGAUUUAUGCAUAUCGAAUGCAAAAUAUUCGUGAAGCUAUGAAUAAUUUGUUUACUUAUUGUUUUGGAAGUGAAAAAGUUGAGUUACCGAUAAGCAAUUCUGAGCGAGUGAAAGCUUCAGUAAGGACGAUGCAAGAUUUAGGAAUAUUAUAA